UCCCAUGACCAACUCCAUCCCAAACUUACAAAACCUUGAACACACUCACAUACGCUUACAUAUAGAAACUCUCACUCCAUCUUUAUCCUCAGCAGCAUUGGAAAAUGUCUGGUGUUUGGGUUUUCAAGAAUGGCGUGGUUCGGCUGGUGGAGAAUCCAGGAGCUGAAUCAUUAGACGGAAGUCGGCAAGGGUCAAAUACUAGGCGAAAAGUGCUAGUUCACACUCCAAGUAAUGAGGUUAUAACUUCUUAUGCUGUUCUUGAGCGAAAGCUUUCUUCACUUGGGUGGGAAAGGUACUAUGAUGACCCGGAUCUCCUACAAUUCCACAUAAGAUCCACAGUCCAUCUCAUCUCUCUCCCUAAGGAUUUUAACAAGUUCAAGUCCAUGCACAUGUAUGAUAUUGUCGUCAAAAACCGCAAUAUGUUUGAAGUGAGGGAUAUGUAGUGCGUUAAGUACUCAUAUAUAGCCCUUUAUUCAUGUUUGUCUGCAUUUUAGUCCUUAAUUUGUGUCCUUCUUUCCUUUUUUCUUUGUCGAUCGUUUUGGUUUUGUUUAUGUAAUGUUGUAUCGUAGCUCUUCUCUAAUUUGGGGAUAUAUAUGAGUGUUUACUUCUUAAUCAUAUAUAAGCUGUGAGUGCUGAGGUAGGGAAUUAGCUAAUGUAUUGUACGUGAUUAAGUGCUUGAAAUUUGGUCUUGA